CUCUGGAUCAGUGUCUGAAUGCUGUAGUGGACUGGAUGUGGGCCAAUAAACUAUGCUUGAAUUGUUGGAAGACGGAGGCUUUUUGGUUCAUCUUUCUGGGAUCCACCAGUCAUGCUUUUCUGGCACAGCCAACCUGAUCAUUACUGGCCAAGCCCGGGGGAAAUGUAUCCUUGCUCUGGAAGCAAUCUGAUAAGGGAACCCCUGGCAUUGCCAUUCCUGAAACAGGAGGAACCGAACAGCAUCUCAACAUCGGCUGAACAGCACUGUCCAUCUUUUCAGUAUGUUCUGUGUGCUGUUACCUCCCCAGCUGUCAAGCAGCAUGAGGAGACCCUCACCUAUCUCAACCAAGGGCAGUCAUAUGAGAUCCGGAUGAUGUGUAACCCCAAGAUGGGAGAGUUUUCAGAGGGGCACAAGUUAUUAAAGAGUGUUGUCAGGGUGGUAUUCCAUGACCGAAGAUUGCAAUAUACAGAACACCAGCAGCUGGAGGGAUGGAGGUGGAACCGGCCAGGUGACCGCAUCCUGGAUAUUGAUAUUCCCAUGUCUGUAGGCAUCCUUGAGCCUCAUAUCCAUCCUAACUUGCUCAAUACUGUGGAAUUCCUGUGGGACCCAACUAAGCGAACAUCUGUCUUUGUCCAGGUCCACUGCAUUAGUACUGAAUUCACACUACGUAAGAACGGUGGGGAGAAAGGUGUCCCCUUUCGCAUCCAGGUGGAUACCUUCAGGCCCAAUGAGAAGGAUGAGCAUGUGGAGCAUUUGCACUCGGCCAGCUGUCUCAUCAAAGUCUUCAAGCCAAAAGGAGCAGACCGGAAACAAAAAACAGAUCGGGAAAAGAUUGAAAAGCAAUCCCUUCAGGAGCGUGAGAAGUACCAGCCUUCGUAUGAGAGCACAAUGCUGACGGAGUGUGCCCCUUGGCCAGAAGCUUCCAGCAACCUACACAGCCCUCCAGCCACUCCUGGCCUCAUCUCUCCCCAUCCGUUCAAGCUGCAGACCCCUGAAAGGGUCUGCUCCUCACCCAGCUAUGCCUUGGACAGCUCAUCAGAGAGCACAGCAGAGGCCCUGAGCCCAAGCGCCUCCAUCUUGGAAACUCAACAAUGGUUGCACAAAAACAGGUUCUCCAAUUACUCCCGGGUUUUUGCCAGCUAUACGGGAGCCGACUUGCUCAAGCUCUUACGUACUGACCUUGUACAGAUCUGUGGAACAGCAGAUGGAAUCCGACUCUCAAAUGCUCUGAAGGCUAGGUGCGUCCGUCCCCGGCUCAUCCUUUAUGUGUCAAGGGAGCUGGAAACAAGUGGGAACAACAGCCCUCCAAUCCCAGCAACCGCCCUAUACCAGGAAUUGUACCUGGAAGAACUAACUGCCACUGAGCUUACCAAUAAACUGGCAGAACUGCUCAGCCUCCCAGCCAAUCAGAUCCAGCAGGUUUCCAGACAGGGGCCUACAGGAAUCCACAUACUUGUCAGUGAUCAGAUGGUCAGAAACCUUCCAGAUGAAUCAUGCUUUGUAACAACUGUAACAAAAGUGCAGAACACAGAAGGUUAUCACUUAGUUCUAAAAUAGACUCGAGCCUUCUAGAUGACGAACUGCUGGCCUGCAAGAAGAUGGGGGACAGAAUGAUGCAGGAGCUAGUGUAAAUAUAUAUAUAUCUUAAAAACCACAAGAUCACUGUAUCUCAAUGAAUUCAAGAUUUCCCAAGGCUAAACUCUUCAACACCUGGAACUGCGGGACCAAGCUGGUUUUUCUUUGUAGCACCAGAGAUCUACAUUGCAGCUGCAUAUAGUGAUCAUGUUUGGUUUUCCAUCCUGCCUCUGAAUUUUCAAGCAGUGAGUGGGAAGCAAGUCAGUGAGCAAGGACAAUAUUGCAAAUGUGCUGUUUGGGAUAAAGGUAGCAGGAGAGAUGUCACCUACCCAUUAGAAAGUAUCCAAGUCAGAUAUUUCUGUCUAGCCCAUAUAGAAUAAAUUAUUUUUUAAAAAACAAAACAAAACAAGACAUCAUGGCUUUGCUACAGUAUGGAAUCUCCAUUUUAAAGUUGGGUUGUAGUGUCAAUAACUGGUUAGUAGACUUGCUGCAAAAACAUACAGCUAUUUUUACCAUUUCUGUCACUACAUAAUCAUUUGUAGGGUGGGACCACAGGUUACUUUGGCAAAUAUAUGUUCACAAACCUGUAUUUGCUGUGGCAAUGCAAAUGUGUGGGGUGCAUUUAUGAAGGAUUAUCAGCAGGUGGGAGGAUGCUUAACCUUUGCAUUUGAACUGUUUCAAAGCUUGGUUGAGGGGAAAAAACCCACCUAAAAGCAGACAUUAGUUCAAGGUCAGAGGCAAGAAUGGUUGACCUGCAUCUGUCAUGAGGCCUUGGGACUGACAGCUACAUGACAAUGCCUACUGCAUAUGGGAUACUACCCAUCUAGCUGGGAUUUUAGGGAGUGCCAGAGAGAGGUCUAGCUAUCUAAAUGCUUACUCUAGGGCCCUUUCUAUGGUAAUUGAUAUAAUUCAUCUGCCUCACAGUCUCAAGCACAUCUUUAAUCAUUAAGACAAUACCCUAAGGCAGAAACCACCACAUAGUUUGCUCAGAACCUCUUCAGCUCCUGCUCUCAGCACCUUCUCAAUCAACUGAAGGACGUAUUAGCCUUCUACUGAAUAUCUUGCCCCAGCAGAGGCUGAUUAUUUGUGAGGUCACCUUCCCUUCUCCCCUUCCCUAGUGUUUCUGGCAUCAGUUUUUUCUGGGGGGGGGGGUAGGUGACAACUGGUAUACUGGUCUUCUGUGAUAUGGUGCAAUUUGCAGUUCCCAAGUAUUGCUGGAGGGAUCUAUCAUCACCAGACUGUAUGCUUGGAGCUGAGAGGGAUGAGGCACAACUGCCAGAAAGAAUAUCUCUCAUUCCUUGAAAUAUCAGAUCUUGACUUCCAAUAUAUGUUCUAACUUUCAGGAUGGCAAGGUACUUCUUUCAUAGCCAAGCUUGCUUGUCUAGUACUAUCUGACUGCAGGAUUUGAGAUGUCAAUUUUUGCCAGUUUUAUGAUGAAGCAAAGCCAAUCAAUACUGAAAGGAGAUGGUUAGUCAAGUUCUCUACUGAGCUUUAGGCUGCAAUCUUCUAUUCAUUUACCUGGAAGGAACCUCCAUUGAACUAAACAGGGCUUACUUCCAAGUAAAUCUUGCACUGGAUUGUAUUGUUAUACUUACUCGUAUCUCACACUUGACCUACACACCAGAAACUUUUCCAAACCACUAGCUUUCAAAAGUGUUUUCCUAAGAAAUUUAUAUGCCCUCAUACUGCUUAAACCAUUUUUUACCUAUUAGUAUUAACUACAAUCUUUUUUUUAAUCUAUUUUUAUUUUGAUGUUGCUGUAUUUGU